AUGACAUCGUACUUAGCACCGGAGAGUCCACGGCCGUAUUCUAUCGCUGCUGAACGAUAUUUUCAAAGACUUAACUUUGCUACCGGUCUAUCCGUUGCCAACAACGAACGAAUUUAUCCGCUGAGCAAAUGCCGUUUCGGUGCACAAUAUGAAAAAGAAUUGUGCACUUAUUUAGCCAAACAUGCUGAAGUGAAUUGCAGUGAUCGAGUAUGUCUUGUUGGCGAAGAGUCCGAAUGGGCAACGAUCAUUCAAGAACGACUCUUUCUCAACAAACCAAUUCAAUUUAUUGAUUGUAAAUUACAUCAUGACGCUAUCAAAGAACAACUAGCAUCAAAUAUAUUCGAUCGAAUCAUUCUCUUCAAUUGUCUUCAUCAUAUCAAUCAUGUGACAAUGAGCGAAAAUAUCCCUAAAUUACACGCGAAUAUCAUCAGUCCUUUGAUGCUAUGCAUAAAUCUAUUACGCAAAGCAUUGAUACCAACUGGUAGACUAGUAAUUGUCCAUCGCGAGCCGAAUAUUAAUACGUUGCCAUUACCUGUCGAAGUAAUUGAAACUUGGUACAAUACGGAUGAACAUAGUUCACGAAUAAUCGAACAGUUACACGGUGAGAAACGGCCGAACUUAGAAUUUUUAUGGGAAGUUGAAACAAUCAAAUUUACAAUGCAAAAAUUAAGUUGGUACAACGAACUGAUGCAUCGAACAUUCUAUCCGUUACCAUUAUGCAAUCAAAAACAAAUUGCUGAUGGUUUACGAUUGUUAAAUGAAACAUAUUUUAAAUAUCAUCAAGGCUUAUUGGAAAUGUAUGAUCGUUUAUUGUUUCUAACUGUUCAAACAAAAUUUGAGCCAGUUAAAUCAAGUGUUUCUCUACCGAAAGCAAGUCAAUCUCUUCUGACCAGUCGAUUUCGACGAAAGCCAGGACCACUACCGACAGGAGAUGAACUAUAUGCAAUGGAAUACCAUUCACAAUCUAGUAGUUUAUCCCUACCAAGAGACUUGCUUUCGACCAGUAUGUUGAUGGUUUAUUCUCAAUCAGUUCGAAUGAUUACAGCAAAUAAACGAGAUACAUCGAAUGAUCAACGUCAAUUACAGAUAAGUUUUGCUCUGGAUAAGGCUUUUACAAAUAUGUAUUCUGAUAUGUAUCGCCUUGAACUUGGUGUUCAACGUGUACCUACUCAGAUUAAAACUAUAUUAAAAUUACUCAUGUCAGGAUCAGCAAAUAUGAUUCAACGGAUGUUCCCUACGAUCUUGAAUAGUAUUACUCGAAUUGCAAGAGAAAAUGAGAAUUUUUUUCGUAAGCGUGUCGAUCAAUUGGCCGAUAUUUCCAAUUUGUUCGAGAAUAUUCAACCGGUUAUCAAUCAAACUGAUGUAAUUAUCUAUGAUGAAGUCGAGUCAAAAACUAUACUUGCCAAUAUUCGAAGAAAAUUGAGAGAAACAGCUGAUCUAAUCGGUAAUCUUGAUAUAAAAGCAAAAUUUAAUCUUACUGUUCCAAUCGAAAUCAACUGUGUUCUUCCAAUUCUAAACCAACUUGAACAUAAUACUUAUUUUCUCUAUCAAUUAUCAAGUAUUUCCACAUACGUAUUGAACCAUUACAUUCUCAAUCAAACUGCUGGUAUGGGAAAAUACAUUUUGCUAUCCAACGAUGAAGACCGUUCUACGAUUUAUUCAAAUUUAACUCAAAAGCUAACAAGCACUCGGCAUGAAUUCGAUCAAUUGUUAAACGAACGUCGAAUUGAAUAUAAUCAUGGAUGUAAUCUGCUACAGCAAGCAUAUGAGAAACUCUUCGACGAAUAUCCUUCGGAAAAUUGCACAAACUGA